GCAGCUGUGUGUUAGGAAGUUGGGGUGAGAGCGCAGGAUCAGCCGCGAUAAUCUGUAUCUCGUCCACAGCGAGUGUGAAAUGUGAGGAAGGAAACGCACUCCGGUUAUCCGUGACCUCCUGCUUCCACCCGUGUGGUGACAGCGGACCGUCAGCUCGCUUUCACUUCCUGUGUGGGAGAAACGCACGGCGUCACGCGGCUGGAAUUCCACACCCAUCUCGAAACCCAGUAGAGUUUAUGUUAAAGAAACUGCGGAACAUUAAAAAGGGUUUUCGGUCGUCCAGAUGUUAAAGGCUCCGCAGCAGGGACGCAGGAGGAGGAUGUCGCCCCCUCUCAAUAUGAACCACUAUGCUAAUAAGAAGAGCGCGGCAGAGAGCAUGCUGGACGUAGCGCUGCUGAUGGCGAACGCGUCUCAGCUGAAGGCGGUGCUGGAGCAGGGGCCGAGCUUCACCUUCUACGCACCAAUCAUCACACUCAUCAGCAUCUCACUCAUCCUGCAGAUCAUCGUCGGAGUUUUGCUCAUCUUCAUCGUGAAGUGGAACCUGAACGACGAAAGUAAACACUACCAGCUGAACGUCCUGGAGAACGUCUCCACGGCCCUCGUGUUCAUCAUCGUCGUCGUGAACGUCUUCGUCACGGCGUUUGGCGUGCAGCGACCCAACACGGGCGCCUGACCGACACGGAGAUCGCACGCAUCAGGUCCGAGGCAGUGAGAAGCGCCACUCGAGCGCCGCUCGGGUUCUGGGACCUACGGAGGACGUUUUCACCUUCACCUGCUCAUCGGACCUGCUGACCUUCUCCGUGACUCGCUGUAGGAGCCAGAGACGAACACAAACAGGACUCUGUAAAAAACAUCAUAUAUAUAUAUAUAUAAUAAUCCUAGGUCAAAUUUUGCCCUUCAAGUGAUUGUGUUCACGUUUGUGUUAUAGACGUUUGGGAUUUAUUCCGACUUAAGACAAAUGAAACAAAUGCUGUUUAGGGUUUACAAAUUCACAAUUAUCUCCAAACUGACGGCGGGAAGCAAAACUAUCCCACGUCAUAUCACUGCCUCGAUGAAACGCACGCGUCGUAUUAUAUUCAUUCAGGUCAAAGCCGGACGACCGCGCGUCAUCGCACGUGGUGACAACGGGUCACGCGAUCGAUGGCGAUAUUAAUAGCAUAAGUGUAAAGAAUAACGGCAGAAUGAAGACACUGGCCCUUAUUCAUCAGAGCUGUGUGGAACGGGAGUACAGACCCGAGCGAGUCACUACUCGGUCCUACGGUUAACGAGUCCGCGUUAACGGACCCCUUCCUUACCAGAAACACCCCAGUGUUACGGAGACGUAUGAGAAGAGAAAGUAAUGUCGUGUACUUCGAUUGGACACGAAACACGGCGUAAUUUGAUCACGUGUCAGGGGUCAGGGGUCAGGUAAUGGAAUAGGAUUCAUCGGUGUGAAGAUCCGAAGUAAGAUAAGAGAUUUCGGCGAAGCUGCGUUCGAGCUUUCUGGAAUAUCUCAGCUGGACAGGAGUGACAGAUAUCCAUCCUGAACAGAUCACACGGACUACACGCUCUGAUGAAUAAGAGCCGGAAUGUUCCGUGUUCACGAGUUUCCUCUACGCACGUUGAUCUCUUUUAAAGCUAUUUUACAUCUUUCUUUCUUUUUUAUGCAUUAGAAUUAUUUAUCGGAAUCAAAAGGUGUAUAGUGUGUGUGUAAGAAAUAAUUUUAACCAAAAAAAAAAUCUAAUUUAUAAAAUUGUAAUGAGUCUAAUCCACGGUUUUAAGACGAGUCUGAUAUUUUUACUUCCGGCUUGGUUUUGUAUGUGUUUUUGUACUGAAUAUACCACGGAGCUUCCAGUUCAGCACGAGGUGUGUGUGUGUGUGUGUGUAUGUGUGUGUGUGUGUGUGUUAUAUCUGAUAUAAUCAAACAUCAGACACCGAACAGACCUCGGCCAAUCAACAUCUGAUCAUGCAGGGACUCGUCUGCCUUUAUUAAUGCACUUAACACUUCCCCAGACUCCUUCCUGUUUAAAGAUGUCGCCUCGGUUGUCUUGCUAUCAGCUGCUAGGAGCAAAUACAAGUGAGGAGAAUUCAAGGCUGAAGUUACAGCGCCAUCUGGUGGCCAGGAGCUCCAUUACACAUCACGGACAUGUAAAAACAUUCCGCUGCUUUCAUUUCACAUCCUCUAUGCAAUAAUCUGGUCAUGGAUGUUUUUUUUUUGUUCGUUUUUUUUAAAAACCGGAAAUAGAUCAGUUUUAUUUGUGUGUACGUCUGUAAUUUGUCAUUAUAAAGAAACUGAACCUGUAUGAUAUAUUACAUUAAUAUGAUUGUUUUAGCAUUUCUUUUCUUUCUUUUUUUUUAUUAUUAAAAGACAAAAAGAGGAAUAAAAAUGAAGAUGACGAAG